AUGGUUGUGUUUGCCCCCAUCAUCUGUGUGCUGCAGUUCCUGGAGAAGGCAGGACAGCUGAGAGAAGAGCUAGAGAUUAAAGCUGCUGCCAGAGGGAGCUUCUCUUCAAAGAUAGCAACGGAUCCUCCACUGGAUUUUGAGGCAGUCAUGCUGACAGCCUCCCUGACCAAAUGCUUCCUGAGAGCCAUGCAGUACGUCUUCAUAGGUGACAAGAUCACCCAAGUGGCUCUGAAGCAGGUGGCUGGGAAGCAGCAGGGUGGUGGCUUCUGUGCACACCUCAGCAAAGGAAGGCUACCCAAAGAAGAAAGCAGCUUGAUACUUUUCCUCAAAAGGAAGAAAUCUUCCCUGUUCCUUUCUUGAUGCAGCCUCCAGAAUGAUGGCACACCUCUGAACCUGGCAUAUGCUUGUGUACAUUACCUGGUGGUGAUCCCUGCAGAUCUCCGCUACCCAUCCACCCAAGUUGCCUGCCUGCAUAUCACCUGUUAUGAAGCAAAGGUUCAAGUGAACCUGGUCCUGGAGCGUUCUGCAGGAUAUGAGCUCUUAAUGCAAGAAACCAUCCAGAAGGAGAAGACUUUCAAGUGCGCUAAGUUCUGGGUUGCACCUCCAGCUGAUGGCACAGAGGAGAUUGCCACUGUCAAACUGACCAUCACAGGCAAAGGGGUCAGUAUUGAGGAGAAAAAAAAGGUCCUGAUCUUCAAAGCCAGCAGUGGUACCUUCAUCCAAACAGACAAGCCUGUCUAUCAACCAGGGCAGACAGUGAAAUUUCGCAUCGUGACUCUGGAUGAGGAAUUCGCUGCACUCAACGAUUCGAUUUCCCUGUUUCUUCAGGACCCGAAGAACAACCGGAUAGAGCAGUGGCUGAAUGUGGGCCCCCAAGAUGGCAUUGUAGAUCUGUCUUUCAAGUUGAGCGAUGAGCCUCUGCUGGGGACAUACGUCAUCAAUAUAACCAAUGCAAAAGCGUAUGGCACCUUCUCCGUUGAGGAGUAUGUGCUGCCAAAAUUUGAAGUGAACUUUGAGGCACCGAAUCAGAUUUAUGUGCUAGAUAAAACCUUCCCACUCCGGGUAUGUGGCAGAUACACCUAUGGGAAAGGUGUCCAGGGGAUGGUCCAUGUGAGCCUCUGUCAGAAGGUAGCUCUGUUCCUGCCCAGUGCUUCCAAACCUGAUCUCUGUCAGGAAUUCAAUAAGCAGACAGAUGAGACUGGUUGCUUCUUCACAAAUGUGAGUCUUUCGUCCUUCAGUCGAGACUUUCGGUACUAUCAGGACAGCAUAGUUGCAGACGCCUUGCUGAGGGAGGAUGGCACAGAGACACACGCCAGUGCUUCCCACAAAGUACUCAUCUCCAAGACUGGCGGGAUGGCUUUGUUUGAUGAUGUGAAUUCUUACUACCACGCUGGAGAGAUGUACAGGGGGAAGAUUAAAGUCAUUGACUACCAAGGCAAGGCACUGAAGCACAAAACAGUCCUCCUUGUAGUAAGGUGUGGUGAGCAGCAAUUUAAGCAGAAGUACACCACUGGGGACGCUGGGACAGCUUCAUUUAGCCUGAACACGACUGCUUGGAACAGCACCUCAGCCUCCCUGGAGGCAAGUGUCCUGCAUCAAGAUUUGGAUAUAGAGACUAGGACAGCUGAUUUGAGUUACAAGCAAGCCUCUCAUUUCAUACAUCCAUUCUACAGCACCAGCAGGAGUUUUCUCUCUAUUGUCCGUGUGGCAGAAACAAUGCCCUGCGGGAAAAAGCAAGCUGUCCAGGUGGACUUCAGGAUUUAUCAGGAGGACCUGGAACAUGGGCCCAAGCGUGUCAUUUUCUCCUACUUUGUCACAGGGAAAAGAGGGCUAGUCCAUGCAGGUCAGAAGACUGUUUGGGUUGGGCUGCCAAAAUUGCUGAAAGACUUCUUCUCCAUCCCUCUUACCUUCAGCUCCAUCUAUGCCCCAGCUCCAAGAAUUGUUGUUUAUGUUAUCUUCCCUAAUGGAAAAAUCAUCGCUGAUUCUGCCACCUUCAGCGUCUCCAUGUGUUUCAGAAAUAAGGUGGAGCUGAGCUUUUCAACGCCCGAGACUCUUCCCGGGUCAGAGGUUGGUGUACGCCUGCUGGCAGCUCCUGGGUCCAUGUGUGCCGUCUGGGCUGUGGAUCCCAGCGUCCCCUUGCCAAAGCCAGGAAAAGAGCUCAGCAGCUCCUUGAUCUAUGGGCUGUUCCCAUCUGUUUAUGACUCCAGGUAUUCUCGCCAAGUGUCUGAAGAUGAUCAUUCAUGCGGGCUCCCAAAUUCUGAUGAGCCUGAUGUGUUUACAGCAUUCAGGGAAAUGGGGUUGAAAAUUAUGUCCAACACCAAUAUCAGGAAACCUAGAGUGUGUCCAACCACUCCAUCAACAACUAUGCUGCAGGAAACAGGAAUGUUUAUUUCCAGGCCCAUGUUGAUGUUUGCCCAGCCCCACAGAGCAUAUAACACAGAGCACCUGACAACAUCUACCUAUCAGCCCACUAUGUUUUCACCUGUUUCUUCAGCUGAAGAGAAAAUACACAAGCAUUUCCCCAAAACCUGGAUGUGGGAUUUGUAUUCUGUGGGUACCAGUGGGAGCAAGAAUGUCACUGUCACUGUGCCUGACACCAUCACAGAAUGGAAAGCAGGAAUGUUCUGCACAGGACGAAAUGGCUUUGGACUUGCUCCACCCUCCAGUCUGCUUGUUUUCAAGCCUUUUCUUGUGGAGCUUACAUUGCCAUCUUCUGUGAUCCAGGGUGAGACCUUCAUCUUGAAGGCCACCGUCUUCAACUACCUUCAGCGAUGCAUGAAGAUCCAGGUGACCCUGGAGGAGUUUGCACACUUACAGCUGAAGCCAUGCAAAGGCUGUGUCUACAGCAGCUGCUUAUGUGCUGGUGAAGCAAAGACCUUUCAGUGGAGCGUCACAGCUGAACAACUGGGGCUCAUGAACAUCACCCUCCACACAGAGGCUGUGGCCUCCGAAGAGCUCUGUGGCAAAGAGUUACCAUUUAUCCCCAAACAAGGACAGAAAGACACGAUUGUCAAACUCCUCCUAGUCCGGCCAGAGGGAGUGUUGGUGGAAAAGGCUCACAGCUCCAUCCUGUGUCCCCAAAAAGAGAAUCCAGUGCAGGAGUCUGUGUCCCUGAUGUUGCCUCUAAAUGUGGUUGAAGGUUCAGUCAGAGCCACCAUCUCAGUCACCGGUGACCUCAUGGGGACGGCGCUGCAGAACCUGGACCGUCUGGUGCAGAUACCCCACGGCUGUGGGGAGCAGAACAUGGUGCUGUUUGCCCCCAUUGUCUAUGUGCUGCAGUACCUGGAGAAGACGAAGCAGCUGUCCCCUGAGAUCAAGGAGAGGGCGACAGGGUUCCUGCGCAAUGGGUACCAGAUACAGCUGCAGUACCAGCACCCCGAUGGUUCCUACAGUGAAUUUGGUACCAAGGAUGAGUACGGUAAUACUUGGCUGACUGCAUUUGUGGUUAAAUGCUUUGUCCAAGCCAAGCCAUACAUUUUCCUGGACAACAGGACUAUCCAAGCUGCUCUUACCUGGCUGGAGUUCCACCAGCUUCCCAAUGGUUGCUUCAGAAACGUGGGCCAACUUUUCCACACAGCCAUGAAGGGAGGUGUGGAUGGGGAAGUCCCCUUGGCUGCCUACAUUACUGCUGCGUACUUGGAGGCAGGAGAGACACCACAGAGCACAGUGGUGCGCAAGGCUCUGGGCUGCAUCGCACCUGCCCUUCCCAAAGCUGCCAGCUCUUACACCCAGGCCCUGCUGGCCUACACCUUCGCCCUGGCUAAGGACUCUCAACGCACACAAGAGCUACUUGAUAUGCUUGAUCGAAAGGCAAUCAGAGCAGAUGGACAGAUCCACUGGAGUCAGACCUCAUCCCAGUCCAGACCUAACACAAGCCCUUGGUCACAGCCAUUGUCUGUAGAUGUGGAGUUGACCGCCUACAUCCUCCUGGCCCUGCUCUCCAAGCCAAAUGUCACAGGGUCUGAUCUCGUCACAGCCUCUGGCAUUGUGGCCUGGCUCACCAGGCAGCAGAAUGCCUAUGGAGGGUUUGCCUCAACACAGGACACAGUAGUUGCCUUGCAGGCCUUGGCUAAGUAUGCAGCGCUGACGUACGGCACGGAAGGGGUGGCAGAAGUGAGGGUGAGAUCCCAGAGAGGCUUUAGGAAGAAGUUUCAAAUCUCCUACCAGAACCGGCUGUUGGUGCAGGAAGCAGCACUGACAGAAGUCCCGGGCAAGUUCUCGGUGCAGGUCCAUGGCAGCUGUUGUGUCUUUACCCGGAUGGUUCUGAGGUACAACACGCCCUCCCCAGAGGUCUCCACAUCCUUUGCCUUGCGAGUGAAAACGGAGCCAGUCAAUUGCACUGAGGAUGACACACACUCUGUCACUGUCUACGUCAACGUCAGGUACACUGGGAAGAGAUCCACUUCCAACAUGGUGAUCGUGGAGGUGUCCCUGCUGUCUGGAUUUGUCCUGGCUCCAGGAUCUGGGAUGUCUCUGCAGCAGCACUGGCAGUCUGUGAAAAGAACUGAGAAAACACAAGGAGGUGUUGUCAUCUACUUGGACAAGCUGAGCCAUAAGUCUGAGACGUAUGUCCUGCAUCUGGAGCAGGAGAUUGGGGUGACCAACCUGAAGCCAGGCCACAUCAGGGUCUAUGACUACUACCAUCCAGAGGAGCAGGCCCUGGCUGAUUAUAGCAUCUUCUGCAUCUGAGCUGGGUGUGAUGUUCCUCAGCUCCCGUACAGACCUGGACGUAUUGUGAUGUUUCCUCUGCAACCCAGCCACCUCUCUGUCCCAUAGGAGCCCUGUGUGUCUCUGUGCCCUUCAUCUAGGACUCUAUCUGGGACUCCCUAGGUCUCCAGGAACUUUAAUCUCUGCCCUCUGUUUUCUGAACUUCGUAAUGUAGUCUUUGCUGGAUUGUCCUGUAGGGAGAACAUGAAGUGAUUAACAUGUGUCUCUGGUGUGAAGGACUAGUUGUGUGGCUUUUCUGGGACUCUCUGCCGGGCUGUCUGGGCUGGUAUAGUGCAUGGGUCUGUCUGCUGGCAGAGUGGCCGUGCUUAUAGAUGGUUUGUGCCGUUCAAGAAGAACUUUAAAGCAGAAUUCAUGGUACUAGUUUCAGCUUACUCUGGCUAUGGAGAGUCCCUCAUUCUGGGGAGACUGAGGUAAAAAACAAGGCACGAGAUCAAACCAGAGAAACAUUUUCCUUUAGAGUCCUUAGUGAGAGCCUGGGCUUCCUAACUUAGCAUCCCAGAGUUCAUAAUUUGGGUCAUAUUAUUUGUUCUCUGGGUUACUUGCUCUUCUGCUUUCAUUUCUCCAAGGUCUGCUCCCUUACUAUCCACUGUUUCAGCCCCCAGGGGUGCCACUAGUGCGAGAUGCCCUAGGACAACAGGGCUGCUGCAUUAUUGUUUCUGCUAUGAUGGGGCAUGCAUCACCUGGGAAGUCAUAUCUCAGUGGGCUUGGAAUAUGGGCACUGGGACAGAUCUCAAGUUGAAUUUCAGGACUAACUCCAGCCCAAGACAGUGCUGCUCAUCCUGACAGCCAUUUCCUGGUGAAUUCUUUGGGGUGUCUGAUUGAUUCUGAUCGUCUUA